CUGCAAAGCAGUAAGAGGAAGGGGGAGAUACUAGUAUAGUAAGGAAAGCUGAGGGUAGUGGUGUUUCGUCCAUUUGUUGACCAUGGACCAUCCAAGGUGCCCUUCUGAGAGCAUUUAUAACCUCAUACCCAGUAAGGAGAAGGAGCCGCCCCCGCGUCCUAGGUACAAAUCAGUUUUUAAGGAAAUCAUACAAGAUGACAUGAAUAAAUUUAAAGCUACAAUGAAAACUAUGGGACCAGCCAGACUUCAAGUGCCUUCUCCAAAGAAUUUCCUAAGGAAACAUUCAACUGACAAACCUCUACCACCUAAAAAGAAGUUUAGUUGGACUGAAUCAAGAAAGCCUGCUGUGCCCUUGAGAACUGAUCACCCAGUCAUGGGAAUACAGAGCGAAAAAAACUUUAUAAACACAAAUGCAGCUGAUGUCAUCGUGGGUGUGGCUAAAAAGCCUAAGCCAAUUUAUGUUGACCGAAGAACUGGAGACAGGCAUGACCUGGAAACUUCAGGUUUACUUCCAAAGUACAUCAAUAAAAAGGAUUAUGGCAUUAUACCGGAAUACAUAAGUAAACGAAAUGAGGAAGUAAAGAAAGCCCAAGAAGAGUAUGAUAAUUAUAUCCAGGAGAACCUUAGGAAGGCAGCUAUGAAAAGACUAUCAGAUGAAGAAAGGGAGGCUGUUAUUCAGGGGCUGAAAAAGAAUUGGGAAGAGGUACAUAAAGAGUUCCAGUCCCUGUCAGUGUUCAUUGAUUCCAUACCAAAAAAGACUCGGAAGCAGAAGCUGGAGGAAGAGAUGAGACAGCUGGAACAUGACAUCAGUGUCCUGGAGAAGCACAAAAUCAUAUACAUCGCCAACAAGUAGCCGCCGGAGAAGCACAAAAUCAUAUACAUCGCCAACAAGUAGCCGCCAGCCCUGCAUGUAGAGCAAUGCAAUGUAGGAAAAGGCAUGGAUUAUAAAAAAGCAAAACUUUUAAGUUUUUCAAAGAGAAAAAUACCAGAAAAGGAAUAAAAAUAGUCCUAAUUAAAUGCCUAGGCGAUGUUUAAAGAAUAGUUGAAUCCUUUAGGAGCUACUUAAGGACAAUAAAAAAUUGAGAGACAAUGUAGGUGAUCCACAUGCACCUGAUAUAAAAUAAAUACUU